UGGGAGUGAUGAUGUCAGCCGCCAUGAGACAAGCGACGGUAGCUGUACACAAAACAUAUCAACGUGUAUACGCACAGGGAGACGUAACCAAGUCCAGCGCCUGGCGCGAUCGCUGACGUCACCCACAACGGCUUUGGAUGAAGAGGGCGCCUGCGAGACGGCGGCGGUGUGCCGUUUAAAGCAGUUGCAGCGGUGAGCGACAAAAAGGAAUCUUGGGUGGCGGUUUCAAACGGAUGGAUUUUGUCAGGAUGAUGCACUGGAGGCAAGCGGACUGAGACGCACGACCUCUCUGGGAGGGUGAGAUAUCGGCCAGACGGUGACAUCCCUCGAUGUGAUGACUGAUUCGGGAGGAGGAGAUAAAAAGGUGUGCGAUUCAUCUACGCUGUAGACCGCGGGCCCACAGGGGAGGUGCCAAAGUGCUGUGAUCGUCCCUCCAACUACCUGCCGCCCCGCAGACCCUUACCUCUCCAGUCUCGUGCCAUCACCUCUCUAGUAAACAAAGAUCGACAACAAAGCUUCCACCUUGUCUCCCCCUCCCCUCACCGGCACGGGCAAGACGUGUUAAGCGCCACCAGGAACAACGCCAAAAGCUGACGGUGUCGCUGCAUGGCCCGCGGUGUUGGAGUGUUUGUGAGUUUAAAAAAAAACAACAACAAACACACGUCAAGACGAUGUAAACACGAACUCUCUCCUACACCCUGUUUGAACCGCCAGCAAUCCAUCGCUUCAUUGCGCCGCCACGUGUGUUGUUGUUUUCCUAUAGCUUUCAUCCGUGACGACACCGUGUCCUCCGGGCAAGUGACGUUCCCGCGACUGUUGCUGCUGUCGCCAGGAGUCAAGGCGAACACACGAACACCGCGUUGCCACCUGGCCCACCCCGGAAGAACGAGCGCCCGGGGCGCGCCAUCCAGCCAUCCAGCCACACAGUCACAGCGCGCGCGGUGCAGGGAGGGGGACCGGCCCUGCUUGUUUAUUGUUCCGCUGGGGGAAGUAAACAUCUAGUUGGAGGACCUGCCAAGCCCUUGGUUCGUCGCCAGCCGGCUCGUUCACUUUACGGCCCGCCAGGUGAAGGGAAGGGGGAGAGGCAGAAGGGUGGGGUGGGUGUCGAGAGCAAGGUGGAGCGCCCUCUCAUUACUGGCGACGCAGUUAUCGGCGUCAAGAGCGCGACGCCACACGUAACACCGGGGUUGGUAACCUGUCGACUUCGUCGUCUCUGGUGGCUUCUUCGUCACAGCCUGCCUGUGAGCCAGCGAGGCUUAGUCACUGUAUGUGUUUUCCCGUCGCCAACCCAAGGCUUGUUUGUAGGACAGCCUCCCCUUGGUCUCUUGUUGACGGUCGUGAACGUUGAGGCGAGAAGAGUUCAAGCAGCGACGUGUUGUAGGCGCGGGAAGUCGUACAGCGUGUGCAACCUGUCGCCGUCUGAUUGUUGACCUGUGGCGCGCGCGCGUGUGUGUGUUGUUAGAUGCUCAACUCUGAACCUGGAUACAUCAGGAGCUAAAGAUCACGUGGCUGACAUCUGCGCCUUUCAUCGUCGCCUCAUCCUUGACUCCACUUUCGUUUUAAGAUCAGAGAGGUGUUGAUGCGCGUUGUUCGCGUUUUCCCGACUUCCAGCCAGUGGUCAGUGAGGACACGCUUCUUACAUGCCUUCACGAGAGACCAUUCUGUGGCGAGGUGUGGAGAGAGCACAUCAGACAUCGUGUAACAACCACAGCUACUACUACAACAACUAGGCCAGCCAGACACACGCCGAGGGGCUGACAUCGUGUCGGGACUACUACUUCUAUUGUUACCACACCAACCGUAUCCACGGCUUGGGAGAGACUCGGCCCCCACCACGAUAACAAGGCCUUUGCCCUGAUUACAGGAAUCUCGGGGCUGGUUGUUUGUGGAGCCAGUGGAUGCGAGUAUCUGUCCGUCCUGCGAGGGCACGCCCUGGCGGUAACAAAGCUCCUCUCGUCCUUUUGUUGUGUCGCUUGCCAGAGCGGUGAGCCGCGGCACGCCUGGCGGUACUUGAGGCUGGAGAGGGGAGCAGUCAAGGGGGGUAGGUAGAGACACAGACCAGGUGUUCCUGUCUGUACACCACACGUCACUGCUGUUCGUCUGCACCAAUCCCUCCACGUGUUCGCGGGUGGACACACGAAGAUUUCCUCAUCUCGCGCGACAAAGGAGUUAAAAGUGUUCAGAUAUCGUUUUCAACAAGAACGAACAGGAUUCUUACUUAGCUGUCGAGACUUUAUAGAGAUCUCGUAUGUUGUGUUGAAUUGUGCUAUGUUCAUCGACUGGUAAGGUAGUUUUCCUCUUUUUUUGAGUGUGGUUGACUUGGAAGAUAUUAGAAGCAAGCGGGAAUACCCCCUCCUCUGUUGGAGGUGAAAAGAGCGACUGACCUUUUACCUGGCGUAGACAUUUGUGUGUAGGGCGGGAAACCCCUUUUUGUAUUUGCUUUGUGAGCGCGUGGUGUGUUGUUGGUGCGCGUACGCCUGUGGCAGACACGUGUAAGCUUGUUUAUUGAUCGAACAAGCACGUGCUUCCAACGCACUACGCAGGAUUACCCCUCACCCUCCCGUCCUAGGACCAGCUGCACUCUUUGUUAUUGUUUACCCCUUCAUCAUCUACUCCAUCUUUGUCCCGAUAAGCUUGCAGUGGACGCCGUUGUUUGGCCCAGUUUCCUCCUGUCGCGACCAAUAACAGGCAAGUUUGUUUUUAACCAGAUUGUUUUGGGUUUUUUUUUCUGACCGACUUGCCUUUUGGGCGGACGGAGGUUGUAUGCCAGCGGUUUAUAAAAUUGUCGGGUUUUGAGACUGGCUGAAGAUAAGCUUUGUUUCGCGGGACUUGCAAGCUUACACAAGUAUACAACGGUUGUAUAAACGAAACUGCUCAUCUGCUUCGCUUUUGUCUUGGAAGAGUACACGUCAGGCUCAGUGCGCCAGGUGUGGCCAGAAGUACAGAGAGAGAGAGGAAGCCUGUAUUACAUCACCUGGCAGUCAAGAGCAAACUCACAAGGGCACCCACCCCCGCGGUCGUGGGGAACAAAGGAGCAACAGGAAGCGGGCACUGUGUGGUCACACAGCACGGCUCAUCACAGUUCUGCUCCGUUGAGAGCACACGUCACCAGUACUGGGCAGCCAGGAAGACGAUAAAGCCCUCGCCUAGCGCGAAUCACAGCCAGUGCACUAUGUGGGACAGGUGAGAAGUGUCUGUGUGACAGGAGUGUGCCAAAGACGGAUUUGCUUGCAGCUGUUUGCUGACAGUUCCGAAGUUCGUCUGUCGCGUGCUUGUUAAGCUGUGUAUCUCCCCCCCCCCCCUGAAGCAACAGGAGCCUGCCCUCUUCGACACAAACCUGUUUGGGGGCAGGUGGGGGCUAGGGAAACCUUUCCGCUGAGUGACCGAGGGACGCCAUUCAGCGAGCAGGUCUCGUCCGCGCGCGCGUGCUUUUGUCUGUGCUGAACGAACGCACGUGAUUUGGCGCCCAGCACUUGUUCCCGGGAACGCUAAUUUGAAUAAGCACUGAGAGAGAGAGAGGAAAAGAGGGAGGGAGGCGAGAAACACGAGAUGAAUUUGGCAGUUGGCUGCGGUCGUGCCAUCAGUCGGACGUGAGAGGGCCAGACGACAGGAUUGGGAGCGCGAGGUGCAAUGUUUCUCGUGUGAGCGACGAGAGCGAGAAGACCAUGGGCAAGUCGCAAGAGGAGGACAUGGCGCGGCCUGUCAAAAGGCAGGUGGUAAGCGCCAGCGCAAACCUAGAGGUGGUCAGCGAGGAGAACUUUGCGCGCCGCCUGCAGGGCAUGAGCGCCUGCCUGAACUGCCAGAAGGAGCGCUCGGGGGGAGCGGGAGGAGGAGGGGGAGGCGGUGGUGGGAGUGGAGGGUCCGCGCACGGACCCCGUCCAAGCCACAAGCUAGGGGGCCGCGGGGGCAAGCAAGGACGGCGCAAGCAGGCCAAAUCCAACACCCCCAUCGUCAUCCAUCUCAAAGACACCCUGCGCUCGGUCCUGCAGCAGCGCCAGCGCAGCUUUGACACCGACUCGGACGUGUCGGCACGCUCCACUGACGAUGACGUCACGCAAGAGGUCUUCGGGGACGUCUCCAGCAUCCCAGAAUUCGUGCCGCAACAAGCGCCGCGUGUACCCCCGAGUCGUUCGCACCCUCACCACCAGCUGUCGCUGUCCCGUCAGCGGCGCGAGAAGUCCAAGAAGAACCUGACGGCGCUCAUCUCCGUUAUCGAGAAGGCGCACCGGAAGGACCCGUCUUCGAGUGGUCUGGUCGAGUCCAACUUGAGUCAGAACUCUAUCUGCUCCAAACUGUCGCACCUGCUGAACAAUGCCGUGAGCCUGCACGACAUAGGUCUAGGCUCGCAGCCGCAUCCGCCGCAGCGCAACAUCGGGGAGUGCGACAACGUGGAUGUCAUUUGCAAUGAUCUCUAUGAGACCGAAAAAAAGAGCACAGCGGAGACGUUGGAGGACUCGGACUCCGUGUUGUCAGACAAGUCUUCCAUCACCUCCAGCUCGGAUGCAUUGUCGGACUCCGACAGUCUGGUGGUGGAAGAGAGUGCGGGGGUGGAGUUCACACCCGAGGAGCUGCAGCGCCUUGCCGAGUACACCACGGGCUUCCCACUGUACCGCUACGACUGCGCCCCCUCCGAGUGCCCCGAGUGCCUGUCAGCGUGGUACACACACCAGAUUUACCAGUACGAAGGAUGCUAUCUAGAUACGUUAGUUGCCCCUAGGGCCACGCGGCCGGACUCGACCUCAUCGAAACACAGAAGCAAAAAACAUUCUUCUAAUAACAACAACAACGAAAGAGACCCAGGCGGAGUGUUAGCGGAAGGUGCAGACUCCGAGGGUUGUGUUUUUGCCCCUGCGACAGCGGACGAUGUCACCUCGGAGGACAGGUCUUCCGAGGUUGAGCGUGGCAGCACUAACAUCACCAACACUACCACCACAACGACCUGUCUCAGUCUAGCUUCAUCGUCGUCCUCAUUAUUUUCGUCAAGCGGCAAGGAAAGCGGCUGGCCAUACAGCAAAGGCGCGCGGCAACUGUGGGACAUUGACGUGUCGCAGGCGGGGCGGCGCAACAGUCGCGAGCAACGAGGGGACAACCCUUUCGCUGACAGUGUGUACCUGGACCUGACGGGCACCGACGUGUCCAUCUCCGUAUACUAUCACCACAGCCUGAUGCAGGACGAGGUGGCCCGUGCCACUAUGGCCACUUCAGCCGCCAUGCUGUCGCCCGCCUUCUGCGCCGCUGCCGCUGCCGCCGCCGCAGCCGCGUCGUCAUCCCUGUACUCCGCGUACUACUCCACCUUCGCGGGCUCCGCCAUAUACAGCCUGCCCAUGCCGCUGACGCUUUUCAGCGAGGCUGCCUUGCCCAAGAUCGCCAUGGUGCCACCCCACGAGCUCAAGAAGUUCACAACAACAGCGCCUCCUCAGAGACAGUGGAUUGUGGCAUCCCAACCAGACACAAAACGUCCUUCAGCCAUCUUCAGUGUGCUGUGCUACAACGUGCUGUGCGACAAGUACUGCACGCGGCAGAUGUACGGGUACUGCCCGGUGUGGGCGCUGAACUGGGAGUACCGCAAAAAGGGUAUCAUGGACGACAUCCGCAGCCUCAACGGCGACAUCAUCAGCUUACAGGAGGUAGAGACGGACCAGUUCUUUAACUUCUUCUUGCCGGAACUGAAGCGGGAUGGCUACGACGGCAUCUUCUCGCCGAAGUCUCGUGCACGCACCAUGACAGAGCAGGAACGCAAGCACGUUGACGGCUGCGCCAUCUUCUUCAAGAAGGCCAAGUUUAGCUUGCUAGAAGAAAAGCUGGUGGAGUUUAACCAACUGGCGAUGGCCAACGCUGCAGGGUCGGACGACAUGCUGAACCGCGUCAUGACCAAAGACAACAUCGGGCUGGUGGCGCUGCUGGAGACCAAGCCUCCCAUAUUUGAGAACGGCAUGCCUCCUGAGCCUCAUACACGGCAGCUGCUGCUGGUGUCCACAGCCCACAUUCACUGGGACCCCGAGUUUUGUGAUGUCAAGCUUGUCCAGACCAUGAUGCUGAUGUGCGAGCUGCAGCGUUUUGUAGAAGAAGCCACUCGAAAGUACACCCUGCCUUUCCCAGGCCCAUAUGACUGCAACUCAAUUCCUUUCCUUUUCUGUGGUGAUCUGAACUCCCUGCCAGACUCAGGAGUGAUAGAAUUCCUUACAAACGGACGAGUUGCUGUAAAUCACGAAGAUUUUAAAGAUAAUGAGUAUGAUCACUGUAUGAAGAAGAUGAGCAAUGGUGACAAGGACCACAUAUACCACAACUUCCGGCUUGCACGUGCCUACAAUGACAUCAUGCCAGCCACAAAUUUUACCUAUGACUUCAAAGGAAUCAUUGACUACAUCUUCUACUCAAGGGACCAUCUGAAUGUCUUGGGAAUGCUUGGGCCAUACGAUGAGGAGUGGUUCCGGCAGAACAAGAUUCUUGGCUGCCCACAUCCUCACAUACCAUCUGACCACUUCUCUCUCUUUGUGGAGAUGGAAAUGCCCAUCCGCUUGCCUCCACCAGGUCGUGGUGCUCCUCUCCCACCUCUGCCCAAGCCCAGAUAGUCAGCAACCUCCGUGUCCCUUUUCUUGGCAGGCUCAGGGAGGCAGGACCAGUCUUGGCUCUUGGCAAUGUCUGAGUGUUGCCUCAUUUGGAAGGCAUUGUGUCGCAGAGUUUUACUUCAGUGAACUUAAGCAUGUUUGUGUGUGCAACAUGCUGCAUGCUUGUGUGAGUGUGUGUUGUGCAUGGCUGUUAUUCGAGCAAGCUGUGGAAGCAGCUUGGUGUAUGGCCUAGUCUUCUGGUGCCAAGGUGUGAACCAAGCUGGACGGUGUGGUGAGCACCGAAGAGGUGCGUUUGGGAUUCAGGACUGUUGUCAGGCUGAGUCUGUUUGGCAGCUCAAUGGACACACAAGUGACACAUCAUGUUACAACACGUUGUGGAUGCUUUGCAUGCGUGUGCAAGCAUAUAAUCAUUUUCUUGUCAGUAAUGUGUAUUCGCCUGCAUACAUAUGCCGUCGUCUCUCACAUUCGCUCACAUAUAACCUUACAACACAGCAUGCCAGAAGGACUGUACUGUUACUCAAAUCUUCAUGCAUUAAUGAUUAUUCAAAUCUACAUGUCUGAUAGUAUCAUCAGGUUUCGUUUCAGACUGUGUGACUUGAAUGACUCCUUAAAGCUUCAACAAGAAAAAAUGGCCUCCAUUUUUCAAAACUCAUGUCUAUUAUUAGUGUUUUGUGGUGAUAUUGAUGAAAAUGUUGACAUAUCAGGAUGCCAGUGGGAUUUUUGUUUCCUCUUCAUAGAACUCUGCACUUCUUAGGUAAAUUCAACAUUGCAAAGUCAGGUAAGAAAAUAUUGAAAAGUUAUGUGUAAGACAAACUUGCUUUAUUGUGGAAAAAACAUGUCAGAUGUUUUCCUCAGUCCUAUUUUUGUUGCUCUUUCUGUUGCUGUAUUUUUGAACUUAUUGCUGAAGAUGCACCUGACUUGAGGUAUUAUUUUUAUUGCAUUCACAAUUUUAAAUGUAUGUGAUUUCCAUUAUUUUAUCACUGCCAUGUUGUGGCCUUUGUUGCCAGACAUUAGCCAUGCAGUCCUCCUGAGUGUGUCAUGAACAUGGGGCUUUGUAAGGGAUGUUUUAUGUGUCUGCAUUUUAUGAGCUAGAGCUUAGCGCUCUGUUUUCCACCUUUUUUUUAAGUUUAAAUAAUUUUUUUACUUUAGCAGAUAUAAGGUUUGCCAACAUGCGAAAAAUGAAGGAAAUCGCAGCCGAAAAAGAUUUUUUUUGUCAGUGAGGGAAGUUUUGCAGAGUGGUGACAAGCUUUAUGAAAAUGACUUUUCCAGCAGUGCGCAAGAUAUUGACUUCCAUGAAAAUGUGAUCCAGCGCUCACGCUGUCCACAAAUUAAAGCUACAAUUAUUUUUGUCAUUAUACUGCAUUUAUUUAGGUUUUAUUUAGAAGUCAGAAUGUGGUUGCCAAUUGACCUGGAAUUCUAACAUAAGGAAAUUAUAGGCUAGUUAUACAUUUUCUUCACAUAAAGGCAAGCAGUUUCUUUUUUACAUGCUUUUCAUAUAUAUUAAAAGAUUUUUGUAUUUCCUUUAUGGGUACAAAUUGGAAAAGAACAACACUUUUAUUUUUCGUUUUUUGAGUUGGACAAAAUGUGGCUGGUUCAAAUGAGAUUCACUGGGAAUAAAAGCUUGUCUUCGUGGAACAGACUAAUGCAGUGGCAGUGGUGAUAAAAUCAACUCAAUCGCUGGACAGCUGUAUUUCUAACUUGACACUUAGCUGAGGGCUUUCCAAUCCACAAAAUAUGCGACCAAGCAGUGCCUGAUGACAAAAAUCUGCCAUGGCUUGCUGCCUUCAUCCACCAAGUUGUAUAUCAUGAGUACUUGUCUGAUAUACUUUUCGAAGAUAAAUUGAAAUUGUUUCCUUUUUAAAUUGAAAGCAAAGUAGACAUCUGAAAUACCACCAUUUGUCACAAGUAACCAUUUAUGCUGAGAAAUGUUUUUAAAUGAUUCAUGGCAUGUUGCAAUGCUCGGGAUAAUUUCAUAAACCACAAUGCAUGCUUGCACAAUCCAAAGCCAUCUUCUUAGCCUACAUUUGUAAUCCUUCUAAAUAUGCAGAUCACGUCAAAAAGAAUUAAUUUUUCAUCCAUGUUGCUUUGUUUGCUGUUUAACACCACUUGCAAGCUACUAUGACUAUAAACUUAAAACCAGAAAGAGCUGAUAUAACGGAUGUUGGGAGGCUUUGUUCCAUGAAACUUUAUAAGGGAUUGCGUGCAGAGCUAAGAAUAAAGUGGAAGGUACUCUGAAAUCGGGGAAAACUGUCCCAGAUAAAUUGGCCGUUGUUUCUAAAUAAUGUAAGCAGUAGUCUGCAACCAUCUUUUCUCCGUGAUUUAUCUUGGCUUAAAUAAUGCCUUUAGUUGCAGUCUGCAUUCAGAAAAAAAUAAUGUUGGUUAUGUUUUUUUCACAUUUCAGCAAUUUCUUACACUGAUUACAAAGACACAAGUCCAGAAGGUGGUAGUAAUAAUGGUUAACUGUUAAAAAAACAAUAUAGGAGCAUCAGUAUGCUUUUAUUUCCCCAUCCAUAGUUGGCUUCAUAUUUCUUUCUAGCUUGAAAGCAAGGGAGUGUAGGGCUUCCAGCUUGCUUUCAAAAUGUGAAUUUUUUUUCCCUUAUUAUCUGUUCUAGAGUAUUCUGACCCAUACUUCUCCCUGCCCCGUGCAUGUGUUGCUUGGUGAAUAAAGUUUUCUCAGUAGUACAUCAUUGACUUAUUGGGGUCUACUCAAAGUUGUUUCCACAUGCUUGUAUGUUUAGUUAGGAUCUUUACAAUUUAACCAAGUUUUAGAUUGAAAUGCUUCACCAUAAAGGCAUUUGUAAGGUCACUCCCCAUCAUCAUUAGUGCAUAUUUAAUACUUUGUUUGCCAUUUCUCAUUUUGUGUAUCACAGUCCAAAGGAGGCUUUUGCCCAGAUCAGCAGCUCAUUCAUUUUAUCUCCAGUAAAUCAAAAUGAAGCAAUCUGAGAACUACCUGGUUCUUCUGUCUGUUUCGCAGACAAGAGAUGUCACGUAGUUUGUCAACACACAAAGAUGUGUAUAUACAGUUUGUAAAAUGAACAAGCAUUAAAUGAAACUGAAUUCAUUGCACAUCCAAGACAGGAGAGUCCACAGAGGUGUAAUUAUUUCUGGUACAAGCACCAGGUUGAUUACACGAAGCUCAUCUGUGAAGCCUCCAUCUUUUCCCUUUCCCCUUUAAGUUUCUGUCAUGGAUACACAAUGGAUCCUUGUGUGUUGAGUGGAAGUAGGCAUAAGGUUGAAAGUAAUUUAUUGCCCUUGAUUUCUGGAGGCGAAAUUAUUUGGACCAAAAUCUGCUGGAUUGGAGCUAGCUUGGCAAGAGUCACCUCAGACCUUUUCUCAUUUGUGUUUCUCCUAAAAGAAAUUCCAUGAUCUGUGUUGUGUGGAUAGAAAAGUAACAGUUAUGGUCAUGACAGCUCUCUCUUCACAGAUCAUCAACUUUGGCAUUGCUUUCCUGCUUCUUGAUAGUUUUUUUUUUUGUUUUUAAACCCCACUGCAGAGAAAUUCAGGUAAAGAAAAUGUGCCACUUUACUGCCAUAUUUUGUGUGAGAAACGUGCUGUGAUUUAUUGGAAAUAGAACAAAGUAUUAACCUGUUUCGAGAGUUUUAUUUGUCAAGAAAUGCAUACAUAGGUGUCUGUUGUCUGUAGUUUUAUUGCACAAAGCUUGGUUCUCAUUUCACUGAGCACUGGUAUAAGGAUGUGUGUGUGUGUUUUUCCACCAAAGGCUAUGUGGCUUCAAGGUGUGUUAAGAGUUUAAUGUUGCUAGGGAAUUAUGUGUUAAGCUACUGGUUUCUCUCCUGGAGUAGGGCAUGUAAGGUUAGUGUUUUGCACAUCCACUAUUAAAACCAUAACCAUUUCAAUAUAAGUCGUAUUCAUUGAAAAUACUAUUUCUUGUUUGCACCAUUUUUUCCCCACUGCUCACUUGGAAGAAAAAUUCUGAUGUUUUUUGCACGGGGGUUUCUGCUGCGAAAAUCUUCUGUCGAAAUCUCCUUCAUUCUUUUGACUUCUGAACAUUUAAGAAUGUGACAAUUGCCUUUUUUUAACACAAUUUAUUUUUUGAAAUUUGUCAAGAAUACUUUUUUUUUUAACCUUUCCUUGAGUUGCUGUGCUAUUGUGUUUGAAAGUUGUGCUAGUUGUUUUUUAAUCCUCCUCCCUAUUGCUAUUUUAAUAAGAACUGUUGUUGACCUAGAUAAACAUGAAUUUUAAAUUUAAAUAACACGAUUAUUAUCAGGAGAACAAUUAUUAUAAAUGUGGCUUUCUGACCUAUAUGCCACAGUCUAUUUUACCUGUUUUGUGUAUUUCUGAACUCUUUACGGUUCAUUGUUUUUUGCCUGUCCACUAAAUAAACUUGGUUUUUUUUUUUAUUAUAUAUGUUCAACUGAACAGUAAACAGGUCAUUGCUUCUGUGAACUUACCCCUCCCCUUCUACAAAAUAUCAGUAUUUAAAAAAAGUGAAAAUUAUAAUUUUAUUUAAAGUACUCAUCAUCUAUAAUUUAGUUUAGUCCUUGUUACUUCUGGAGGAGUAUAGGGCCGCAACAACACCUCGCCAGUGGAACCAGUUUUGGGCAGCCCCCUUCAGCUGAACUCCUCUAUAAUUUACUCCCUUGCAAAAACUGGUAGUGAACAUAAAAUAUUCCAUCUUUAUUCAAAUGUACAGGCAUUCACUUGAGAGCCAUGUUUAUUCAUUACUUUAUAGGACUUUCAUCUCUAACGGACAAUGUUUUAUUUAAUCGAGAGGUUUGGUAUAAACUAGUGCCUGUUUUUUGUUGUUGUUUUUUUUAAAUGUCAGCUUUAGUUUUAACUUGUGUGUGUUUUUAGCUCCUGAUUAUAUCUGCACUCAGUGCUUGCAGAAAUAGUUCUUUGUUCGUAUGGGGAGUCAUGUACCAUUAUUUGUCUCAUGCACAAACAUGAAGGAUAUUUUGACUCAUCUGUUCUUUGAGCAUGUAAGUCUCCAGAGCAUAUGGCAGCAGCCCAAAGCAGCAACAUUUGACGGGUCAUCCACUGCCUGUCCCAUUGACCCUGUGCUAUAUAAAAAGUCAUCUAGAUUGUACUCUUUUGUGCUCGAUUUCACUUCUUGCUGCUUGUUCUGUAAUGAUUAUUUCAAGUUUUGCCUAAAUGUAGUCCUGAGAUUUUAAUGUGCUUUGUUGAUUGUAAAUUUUGUUUUUCCAUGUUAAAUCAUGAUAGUGCAAGACGCAGGGACCACAUCUGUCCCCUCCUACAGGGUUCCUUGUUCAGCACUUCUGGAGGAGAAUUGCAUCAGAAUGUAGAAUAGCCAUGCAUCUGUCAUUGUUUAAGUGGGUUUUGUUUUGGUUUGGUUUUUUGUUUUUUUUUUGGCCCGAAUUCUUUAGAAAACCCGAAGUCCUGCAGGACACAUAUGCUUAUUUUGAAGAUACGUCCAUAAGCCUAAAACUGCAAGAAGUAAGUCAUAAGAUUGUACAGCAGACUUCGUCUUAAGUAUAGAAAACAGUAAUUUAACAGUUUGAUGCAUUGGACAGUUAGAUGACAAAUAGAAUGCUGUAGAGAUAGAUUACCUGUGAUAUUUUUUAACAGUAUCAGAUGUCGCAUAUCUCAAAAGUGAGGAGUUUUCUUGAAAGCAGUUUCUGUAAAUCUGUAAUCAGGUCUCUGUUAGACAAUUGAUUUUAGAAGAAAAGAAAGAGGGAUUUUUACAACCCAUUGAUUUCAAAAUAAAUGUUUGAUGCGAAGAUUUGUUUUUGACAAUAUUUGAGAGCUCUUUAGAAGUAGAGAUGACAUCGCUACUGGUAAUAAAAUAUUUUAACAAAGUGCUUCAUGUAUAAAUGUUAUUGAAUAGUCAGAAACAAUGGCCGUUGAACAAAAGAAAAAUUCUGUUAAGAAAUGUGGGCAUUCAGUCUAGACCUCUGUAAGGCAGUCUUCUCCUUUUCCUGUUUUGUCUGAAGUGUUAUGGUUGGUCAGAAUCUGCUGCAUAAGUGCCUCCAACAGGAAUGUGUUGAAACAUGCAGAUACUUGGGUGGCCAUUUGUUUACAGGCUUCCUUCAGUUGGUGAAUGAGUAAAUAAGGCUUUGUUAAGGACAUUGGAUCUGUUUGUGAUCAGAGGAGCAUCUCUAUCACUUAACUGCUCCAUCAGAUGGUGGUUUUUUUCAAUUUGGUAUGUUGGGGGGAAAUGUCUUCACCAACGUUGUUUCUUACGCUGGUUUAUGACAAGUUUCAAACUGUAUUUUCCAUGUAUUUGCCUCCGGAUAUAAAGUCACCACUCUUUAAAAGCAACAAAAUUAGAAAUUUUUGGCAGUCACCUUGGGAUUUUUCUUUGGAUGUUUCCACUCUCCAUCUUCCUAUGGGGUGAAAGUGUAUCAGUGAUUUGUGUACUGCCCACAUCCUAAACUCUUUUGGCAACUUUUUUUCUACUGCAUGGCAGCUGCUGGUGUUAUGAACACCUUAUGCAUAGAAGUUCAUCACUGGCAGUCUCCUGGUGCUUCUGCCUAAGGUGUGGAGUAGCUUGCUGGAUUCCACAAACAGAUGCAACUCUCCAGCAUCUUCACGAAUUUGAAAAACAGAUGUUUAGCAUGGCUAGCUGAGUUGUUUAUUCCAUAGGCAGCAUAGUGAACCAUAAAAAGUAAAUGCAUCUUUCACAGCUUAUUCCCCUAGUAUAGAAAGCCUGACUACUAAACUGUUGGUGAACAAUUUCUAUACAAAAUAUAUGGAUUCUCAAAGGAUUUGUCUUUUAAUCUCAUCUAAGAGCUUUUAUAGAGAUGUAUAGUUGACAGUGCAUUGAAACUGGCACAGCUGUCAGGCAGCAGCAUGAGUGUGGGGUUGUGUGCUUUGAACAUUUUCCAGUAGUACAAGAGGUCAUGAACUAAACUGUUCAAAUUUCCUGAAGAGAUUUUCAGCAUCUUAAAAAUAAAGAAAAUGCUUCUUGGGUAUCAGUGUUACGUAUUGCAAACUGGAGUCCUGUUAUGGCAGUAUUCCCCUACUGACAUGGCCUCAGAAUUUUACUGAAGCAUGUUACACAAAAAGUAUUUGCCAAGCAAUAUCAAAUUUUAUCAUUGGGUUUUGUGGGUUUCUGUAAUUGUAAUGUGAAUCACUUCAAUAACAAUGCUGUGGCUGACCAUCUUGACUUGUGUAGGUUUAUUUUCUUUAUCUUUAGAUUUUAAGCAACUGCAGUCAGAUUUAUCCACCCCCUUCUUUGCUAUCAACAAUAGUCGCCAGGAGCAUGAAAAUGUGUGGCAUUCCGUCCUUUAAUUACCUAGGCAUCCACACCAAGUCAUUUAAAAAAGUAAAGCAAGAAGUAUGUAUACUUGCAGUUGUUUUCUUUAGUUAUAAGUCCACUAAUGUUGAUUGUAAUUAUAGGACAACAUCCAGAAGAUAUUUAUGGUCAGUGCAAUCUAUGCGGCAACAAUGCUCUCCAAAUCCUUUGAAGGGAAAAUGCAGUGCUAUACUAGGAUCAUCACAUGGUGAUCUCAUUUUCAACCACCAAAUUUUAAGGUGAACAUAAUGUGUGUACAUGUACCUGACAUAAAGGUAGAAGUAUUACAGCAACACCGAGUGCUCUUAGCUGCCUCCCUGCUACCCAAGUUUAAAAAGAAAAUAGCUUAUUUUUCACUAUACAUCUUUCUCGUGAAAUGGGUUCAUUCAUGACUGCAUCCGAUAGUUUUUCUUAAAUGAAACAGAUAGGUACUUACACGUGUUGUGCUUGCUGGCAGUGCCAAAAGAAGUGUGUUUCAGCGGUUAAAAAUAUCAUUUGGGGAUUCAUUUGGGAGAGGGGGGAACAGGGUCAAGGGGAAUGACAUUCCUGUGUCUUGCAACAAGAAAAUACUGUCAUCCCAGUCCUCUGUUUUGCAUUUAGACCUAUUUGUAUAUUUUGUGUCCUUUUCUUAUUAAAUACUUUGAAAUAUAAAACCACGGGGACAUA